AUGAACGUCCGUAGUCAACUAUUACGGAAAACACACAGGUCAUUUCGUUUUGGGAGUGGCCAUGUGGUGACACUGACUGAAGAUCAAAUCAACAAAAUACCGUAUCUAGCUGCAUUUGUGUCUUCUGCCGAUUUCUUUGAAUGUGCACGCGAUGGUCAAGGUUAUUUCAUUAUUCAUCCCAAAAUCGAUCUCGAGCCGUUUCGCUUCAUCUUAGACUGGUUUCCAUACCGCCACAUUCGAGAUCUUUUCAUUCAUCUACCUGAAGACCACGAUCCAAUAUUAACCAUUCUUCAUAUGGAUUACUUUGGCCUUCUCAUCCACCGAGAUCCAUCUUUGGAUGAAGUUGAUGUGUCUUUUUUCGACACCAUCACCUACAAUCCCUUGAACAAUUCGUACGUCGAAGUUCAUCGGCCAUCGCAAAUGUGCGACAUGGUUGUUCGAUUUGCCAUCGCACUCGUUAGAGAAGCGUAUGACUCGACUGAUGACAAAGUGCAUGAGCGAAUCUAUUGGUACGUUAUGUUCAUCACAAGUGCUUUUAGGUUGUUCCAUCGAAAUGUGCGUCGUCAUGUGUUUAAGGUGGCUAAACGUUAUUUUCGUUUGUUCAAGCCGUGCUUGAUUAGGCGUCUGAAUCGACUUCAAAGUAGUCAAGAUAAAUAUGUGCGAAUGAAUCGAAGAGACCUCAAUAAUACAUUUAGCGAAUGGAAGCAAGCAGAAGAGAAGAACUUCAAAUCACUGAUUGACAGUCAUAUUGCCCCAAAAUCAUCUUAUUUUUAUUCUCCUAUAUGGUUAGAUUUUCAUUUUGGUCUCUACAAUUUUUGGGACAAUGACCGGGAAGAUCUUUUCCCACCGCAAUGGAGAACUACUACACAGACACUUCUGGAACCAUUAUACAAAGCUUUGGUCGAAACUAUCUAUGAUCAGAUGCAAAAUCAAAUACGCCAAUGUGUAUGGCGUGAUGUAUGUAAGGCUCCUUUAUCCUCGCAGCUGUUUGCUGAAUCUCAGAAUGAUGAGCCUCUACACUUUUUGGAAUUACUGGGAUGGGCUUCCUAUAGCAACCUUUCUACUAUACGAGAGAGCAUGAAAAACCGACGGAUUGCUCGCCAUAUUAUCGAACAAACAAUGCUUUGGAAUAUGUUUGCAAAUGAAGUUUCAAAAGAAGAGACACAAUACCUUAUCAUGGACGGAUUAUCUCAUUUGAAGUUAAAACUUGAACAGGAACAUCGCCAAUUAAUCCAUGAGAUACAAAUAUUUCAAGCAGAGAGAGAGACCGAACAUACCGAUAGUAACUGGUGGUUUCUCUCUUUGCGGCCACUGCCUUCUUCUGGAUUCGAGAGAAAGCAACUAGAAGCAUUGACGUACGAGCAGUUAUUAGGCGAAGUCAACCAACCAUCAAUGAUUAUUGCAAAAAUAUGUGAACAUUUGCUUAAAAAAUUGAAUGAAGCUGCUGUGAAUCAAGUCACGGGAUGGGUUAAAACUACAUAUGAAGUAUAUAAAAUUGGUCCGAGUAUUGCAAGAUUCGAUGUUUUACAUCCUGACUCUACGCUCUACACGAAGCAAGGGUCAGGUAAUCGAUAUCACACGUUCAAGCCAACACCCACAAAACAGUUGCAUUUUUUCAGAAAUCGCUUUCGUUAA